AUGAAGAGCCAGCUUGCCGGGAUUGCAGUCCUUUCCAUUGGACUAUGGCUCCGAUUCGACUCUCAGACCAAGAGCAUCUUCGAGCAAGAAUCUCACAAUAAUGCCAGCUUCUACACAGGAGUCUACAUUCUGAUUGGAGCUGGGGCCCUCAUGAUGCUGGUGGGAUUCCUCGGCUGCUGCGGUGCUGCGCAAGAGUCCCAGUGGAUGCUGGGGCUGUUCUUUGGCUUCCUCUUGCUGAUAUUUGCCAUUGAAAUAGCUGCAGCCAUCUGGGGGUAUACCCACAAAGAUGAGGUGAUUAAGGACAUCCAGGCGUUUUACAAGGACACCUACGAGAAACUGAAAGGCAAGGACGAGCUGCAGCGGGACACGCUGAAAGUCAUCCACCACGUGCUGAACUGCUGUGGUAUAGGCGGGGUUGUGGAACAAUUUAUCUCAGACAUCUGCCCCAAAAAGAACUUGCAGGACAGCCUCACAGUGAAGUCCUGCCCCGACGCCAUCCAAGAGAUCUUCGACCACAAAUUCCACAUCAUCGGCUCAGUGGGCAUCGGCAUUGCCGUGGUGAUGAUAUUUGGCAUGAUCUUCAGUAUGAUCUUGUGCUGUGCUAUCCGCAGGAGCCGCGAGAUGGUCUAGAGUCAGCUCACAUCCCUGAGCAGGAAAGUUUACCUGUGAGGAGUGUUGGGGGCUUUUGUUUGGUUGGGUUUUUU